GUGGCUGUAUAGCCCGCCAGACGUAAACGUGACUCGAAGCGCCGCGCUCAUGUAUCGCGGGGUCCGCCCAUCGCAAUGAAGUGCCUGUGGUUAUUUGUGAUCGUUCUGUGUUUUACGUGCGAAGCCGCAAACAAACCUCGGAGAGGACGCGGCAGCAUGUGGUGGGGUAUAGCCAAAGCGGGAGAGCCAAAUAAUCUAUCACCGAUUUCACCAGGGGUUCUAUACAUGGACCCAGCAGUUCACGCCACACUCAGGCGGAAACAGAGAAGGCUCGCCAGGGAGAACCCUGGAGUCUUAGCAGCAGUAGCAAAAGGUGCCAGCAUGGCUGUCGCCGAAUGCCAACACCAGUUCAAAUACAGAAGAUGGAACUGCUCCACAAGAAACUUCCUCAGAGGGAAGAACUUGUUCGGCAAAAUCGUGGACAGAGGUUGCCGCGAAACAGCGUUCAUCUACGCGAUCACUAGCGCGGGAGUGACGCAUGCGGUGGCACGCGCGUGCGCAGAAGGUUCCAUAGAAUCGUGCACGUGUGAUUAUUCACAUAUCGACCGCGUACCGCAUCGAACCCGCGCCGCUGCCGCCGCCAAUGUGCGAGUGUGGAAGUGGGGCGGCUGCAGCGACAACAUCGGCUUCGGCUUCAGAUUCAGCCGCGAGUUUGUCGACACUGGUGAAAGAGGCAAAACCCUGAGAGAAAAAAUGAACCUACACAACAACGAGGCUGGACGAGCGCAUGUGCAAACGGAGAUGCGACAGGAAUGCAAAUGUCAUGGCAUGUCUGGCUCGUGCACCGUCAAGACUUGCUGGAUGAGGCUGCCCAGCUUUCGCUCUGUGGGCGAUUCGCUGAAGGACCGCUUCGACGGCGCAUCGCGGGUCAUGAUGCCUAACACUGACCUGGAGUCACCAUCGCAGCGGAAUGAUGCGGCGCCGCACAGGGUGCCACGGAGAGACAGAUAUCGCUUCCAACUGCGGCCUCACAAUCCAGACCAUAAGUCGCCAGGAGCUAAAGACUUGGUUUACUUAGAAUCAUCGCCUGGUUUCUGUGAAAAGAACCCAAGACUAGGCAUCCCCGGUACACACGGGCGUGCCUGCAACGACACGAGCAUCGGAGUGGACGGCUGCGACCUCAUGUGCUGCGGCCGAGGGUACCGGACGCAGACCAUGUACGUGGUGGAGCGGUGUAACUGCACCUUCCACUGGUGCUGUGAAGUCAAGUGCAAGCUCUGUCCAACGGAAAAAGUGGUGCACACGUGUUUAUAGACUCGCGGACGCUGAUGACGAAGUGAUCAAUGAGAGAAACUUUAGUGCGGAACACAUGUGAUUGUGACUCAGACUCGAGAGUGGACCUGUUUUCUCAUUCGGAGGCAGAUAACGGACCUUGUAUAUAAUCACUUCACUUUUUCAUCUAUCCAAGUCGUCGAAAUCGUAUAUCAUGUUGACUUAUGUAAAUAGUUUCUCUAUCACUGUUUAUUUCUUCUUUUAUACAUGAUAAUUGAUCCGGCGUAAAAUUAAAGUAAGCUACUCGUUCGGUUAAUUUAUUUGACUAUUAAGUGCGAACAUGUGAUCUAGUAACUUUAUUUUUUUGGACACUGUCGUUCGGAAAUUAAUGAGACCAGUUUACAGACGAUUCAUUUCUAUCAUCGGCUCAUUUUGUAUUUAUUCUAAAUUGGACUUAUUGGUUUCCUUACGCGGUCAGCUGUGUAAUUUAUUUAUUCGUAGGUAUCGUACAUACUCGACUGGGCAUCCCAAGGAGACGCGUACGCGAACUGAUAUUUCGCACGAGACUUUAUAUGAUAUUACUUAAUAUCAUUCCAAAGUUAAUAUUCAAGUUUUUCAGAGAAGUUAUUUGCAAUUAUUAAAACAGCGGCAAUAAUCAUUUGAGUUUUACAAAUACUUUCUAUUUUAUGGACGUCCGCGUUGGGUGCAUGCUCGCAUAACUGUUUUGAGAUUCAACAGCGAAAUUAUCUUGUAAUUAUAAUUUCAUAUUAUAAUUAAACCGGCUAAUGGAAUUUGUGGCUUAAUGGCAUUUGCAUAAAGUGUCUUCUUGGGUGUUCAGCGGCGGAGGUAGCGUUGGGCUUAUCAGUCAGUAAGUAGCGCCGUCGUAAAAGUGUCCCACAUUACGAGAUAAACGCUCCGGAGAAUUUUAAUUAAAUAUUAAACGAAUUAAAUAAUCAGUAUUAUACGUAUAAUAUUGUAUGCGUGUUGCGUCCGAUACAUGCAGAUAGUGUUGCACGCGAACCAGGCUGACUCGUUACAUUUAUACAUAAUUAUGCUCGUCUCUUCAUCCGCCCUUAGUGUAAAUGCAUGUGCUAACAAUAGCAACGUUAACUGUUAACGUUUUCUUAAACAUAAUUGUGUUUGUUUAGACAGGAUUGUAUAGCGAACUAUUCACUUGGCGAGUUUCCAUUCAAAACCUCAUAAUUAACUCAUAACUUUUUUUGGACUAACUCACUAACUCCGGUUCUUUCUAGAAUCAACUUUGACACUAUUGACAUAAAUCUGCUUUUCCCUUUCGAUGACAAAUAGUUUGACAUUCCAAAUUCGGUAGUUUGCCAAUUAAUGAGGAAGCUUUAUUGAUCAUGCAAGUAAUUAUAUCAACUUGAAUGAUAUUUCAUAUGUGAUAUAUACAUAGUAUAGCCAGUAAGUACGUAUAUAUAGGUAGUCUAAUCCUACUGAGCUUAAAUUGUGUAUAAUAAUGCACUAAGCAUACUAACUCGUCAAGUAUGUUUUUUAUAAAAAAAUAUUUAUUAAAACAUGUUUUAAUUUAUUUUAUUUUACUUUAAAAUUAUUUAAAAGUUUUAAAGUAAAAUAACGUGUUAGUUUUAGUAAAAAAUCCGAUGUUAAAACAAUCGGUAUUAUUUAAAACAGGUAUUUGAGUACUUAUCGAUGUACUGUUAUCUAUAUUUAAAAAAAAAAACGCUUAAUAAAUCGGAUCUCUGUACAUAGGUAACUUUUUAAAAAAUGUUUCGAAAUUCAAUGACAGAGUCUGAGGAACUGAUACCGCAUCGGAUUUAAAAGACUGAAGUAUUUUUUUUAUAAUUUUCCUAGAUAUAAUAUCCAUGACUGGAUUUUUCAAAGCCAUUGUAUUGAAUUUUAGCAUUAUAGCUAUUGUGAUAAAAAAAAGUAUUUUAAUGUAAUUUAAAAAAAAACCGUCAUGAAUUUCAAAAAUCGAUUUGGUGCCAUUCUUUUUUUUAACAUUUUUUAAACCUGACAGUUGUAGCAGUUUUUAACAAAAUUAAUAAUUCAGCUUAAUCGAAUUAAUGUCAUUGUAAAAACAUUUUUUUACGCAUGUAAAUAUUGUCUUAAUACAAUUAAUAAUUUUAAGUUAUUUAUGUGAAUGUAGCAUUUUAAAUUGUUAAUAUUAGGUAAAAAUACAUCUGAAAUCAGCUGAACUUAUCUGAAUCUCAAUUCUUAUUGUUUGUAUAAUAAUAAAUGUACCUUUUGGAAUAUAUUUCGUCCAGUGACCGCUUUUUGGGGGUUGACACAAUUUAUUAUAAUAUUGGUUGUACAUUAGCAGUAUCUAUUUAUAAUUAAAAUAUUGAUUAGUUGUUACUAAAAAUAUUAAAUUGAUCAAAAAUUUGAA